AUGAAGGGGAGGAAGAAGUCAAUCUCGCGAGGACGGCCGCCGACGGUCAGAAAACCAGUGGCCUCGCUCUCCGCCAAAGCGACCAGAAACCUCAUCAGGUCGCAUCACCAACUACACAAAGCGCGCGCCCGAGCACUGGCAGACGGCGAUGACGCCCUCGUCCAGCAGUUAGAUCAAGAGAUCGCUGCAAAGGGCGGCCUGAAGAGCUACCAGAUCGCCAGCAAGAAGGGCCAGUCUAAGGAGCGAGGAGGCGAUUCCAGCCACGUCCUGCUCCAAUGGCUUGAACCUCUCCUCGGCCAGGACACGCUAUACGGUCCUACUAACAGGCUGCGUCUGCUCGAGGUCGGCGCACUCAGCAGCAAGAAUGCUUGCUCCGUGACAAAGACGCUGCAUGUUACGAGGAUAGACCUCCAUUCGCAGGAGGCUGGGAUCCUUCAGCAGGACUUUAUGGAACGUCCGCUACCCGUGGCCGAGGAGGAGAAGUUUCACAUCAUCAGCCUGUCACUGGUGCUCAACUACGUGCCCGAUCCUGUAGGACGGGGGGAGAUGUUACGUCGAACGGUCCAAUUUCUCACCACAAAUAUCCAGCAGGUGUCCGGCGAAUCGACGACGCCCGGUGAAUUUCUGCCGGCGCUGUUUCUCGUGCUGCCUGCUGCUUGUGUGCUGAAUUCAAGAUACCUGACUGAAGAGCGGCUGGACGAUAUUCUUGCCUCUCUGGGCAUUAGUGCUGACGCCUUCAAUUGGCUAUUGAUGCCACUGGGGCGAUUCUGA